CUUCAACUUCCGUGAGCUUUCCAAGAACGCCCUCUCAACCUUCCCCUUCCAGGGCUCCUAUCGGCACGGACAGACAACAAAGUAUGCCCACUAUACUCAACCGCAAAGUAGGCCCCAUAGGGUACGGCCUCGCAUCCCUGACCUUCGGCCCCCCAACAAAUCACCCCACAGAAGAGCAAGCCUUCGCCGCCCUGCGUGCCGCGGCAGAUACUGGAUGUCUUGUCUGGGAUGGGGCCGAAUUCUACGGCACACCGGACUACAAUUCCCUCGUCCUACUUCGUCGCUUCUUUGAGAAGUAUCCCGAAUACGCAGACAAAGUUCUACUAAAUAUAAAGGGAGCUAUGCGUCCGAACUGGGUUCCUGACGCAUCCCCGGACUACAUCAAACAGAGCGUCGAGAGCUGCGUAAAGCAAUUGGAUGGGAAGGCGAAUAUUCAUAUGUUCGAGUGCGCUAGAAGGGAUGUGAAGGUGCCGCUGGAGACGCAGCUCAACACGCUGAAGGAGCUGGUUGACGAAGAGAAAAUCGGAAGUGUGGCUUUGUCGGAGGUGAAUGCCAACACGAUACGAGAAGCCGCUAAGAUUGUCGACAUAUCCGCUGUGGAAGUCGAGCUUUCGAUCUGGAACACAGGGCCACUGACGAACGGUAUUGUGCGAGCGUGCGCUGAGUUGGACAUUCCUAUCAUAGCAUACUCGCCACUCGGCGCCGCAAUGCUGACCGGAACGCUCAAGUCCCCUACGGAUCUCCCCGAAGGCGAUUACCGCCGUAUGUUCCCAAAGUACCAAGACGGUAACUUCCAAGAGAACUUGAAGCUCGUGAAAGAAAUCGAGAAGAUGGCGGAAAGGAAAGGGUGCACCGCAGCUCAGAUUGCGCUGGGAUGGCUCGUCGCCCUUUCCAAGCGACCUGAUAUGCCCACCAUCAUUCCUAUUCCCGGAGGAAAGUCUGCGAAGCAUAUUACGGAGAAUGCAGCUGUGAUUGAGCUGAAGGACGAGGACAUGGAUCUCAUAGAUUCUCUCGUGUCAAGCCACACCGUUGUUGGUGACAGAUUCCCUGCUUUUGCGAUGGGUAUGACCGAUUUGUAAUCAGGACUCUAUUCCAAGCGCUAUUAGGUGUCCGUCCAGAUAGCUCGAUGAGACAGGAGUGCGCAAUACCUAAGGUAUGUCCUUUUCCUCGAAGGCACCGGGGAAAAUGUACAAGGCCAUACCCCAUAUCCGCUCGGAUUAGAACUCUCGACUUGUG